AUGGUUCGAUCUUCGAUCUUUGUUGGAGUGGAUUUCGGUACCACUUAUAGUGGUAUUGCGUGGGCUCUGGAGGGAUCGCCUGACAAGAUUGAAGUACUAUCACACUGGCCUGGUGGAGACAACAGAACAUCCUUGAAGGUCCCAACUGUCAUAUCCUACGACGACAAGAACAUCCUCUGGGGAUACCAAGUCGGCCCAUUCAAGGAGGCACUCCGAGGAAUCAAGUUGUUGCUUGACGAUGACCAGCAAACAAAAUACAAGCCAUCCGUGGCCUCAAAGACCCUCCUGGCAAAAUACGAUAUGGAUGUAGUGCAGGUUACAGGCGAUUACCUUAGACAGAUUAUCAAAUAUGUCAAGAUAACCAUCGAGAGAAGACUUGGAUCCAAGGCUGAGGAUAUGGAUCUUCGCUUCAUUCUUACUGUCCCGGCUGUUUGGUCUGACACAGCAAAGCAUAGGACAAUGACGGUUGCUAUCAAAGCCGGUGUUCCUUUAGAAGAUGUGUCACUUAUCUCUGAGCCAGAGGCUGCGGCUCUUUAUUCCUUGCGUUCUAUCCAGGAUCAUUCCGUUACGGAAGGAAAUGUCUACAUUGUGUGUGAUGCCGGUGGUGGGACGGUGGACCUCAUUUCGUACCUUGUUAAAGACACCGAACCUCUAAGUUUAGUGGAGGUAACUGAAGGAACCGGAGGCAUAUGUGGCUCCAUGAUUCUAGACCAGACAUUCCAGGAGUUCUUCGAAGAUGAAAUGGGACAAGGCCGUUAUGCGGAACUUUCAGUCAAGUCAAAAGAAGCUGUUAUAUCAUACUGGCGAGAUCGAGUCAAGCCAUACUUCACCGGGAAGGUCGACGAUGACUUUGCCGAGGUUGACUACUUCAUUCCUGUCCCAGGAGUGACAGACGACAUACCCGGUGUCAUCGAGGACGGCUUCUUUACGCUUAGUCGCGAGGAAGUCGAAGAUAUUUUCGACCUUGUUGUUGAUGACAUCCAGGAGCUUGCUGCGCAGCAGGUGAAGCAAGUCGAGGAGCUUGGAUACUCCACGGAGGCCAUCAUCCUUGUGGGCGGGUUUGGGUCGUCCGAGUAUCUUUUCCAGCGCUUGUGGUCAGCAGUUGUUACCGGUGCCGUUCAGCGUGGUAUAGACGGGAAUCAAGUUGAGAGUCGCAUUGCCCGCCGUCACUACGGAAUAAGAUACUCGGCGCAUUAUGAUUCUAACCAACACGAGGGGGAAAAGAAGAGAUGGUCCUGGCUGCAGGAAAAGUAUCUGGUAGAUGGCCAAAUGCAAUGGUAUAUCAACAAGUCCUCAAAAAUCAAAGAGAACAAACCGAUCAGUAUCAAGUUUUACAGAAUAACAAUGGUGAAGGACACUGACGAUCUGAUGUUCGAAACGGAACUCCAUUUUUGCAAUGAUGAAAAGGCGCCAUCGGCUACCAAUGACAGAAUAAUGAAACUCUGCACUCUGGAGUCAGAUCUGAGUAAGAUCCCCCGAGAGCUAUUCACCAAGAAGAAGAAUUCAAUGGGAAUUGAAUAUUACGAGAUCGUUUUCGAUCUUGUCAUGACGCCUACUUCAGCGUCGUUGCAGUUUCAAUUGGAGUUCCAGGGCGUUCCAUAUGGCACUGUUAGUUCCAAGUAUUGA